AUGAGGCCAAUCAAUAGCGCUGAGCACAGGAAAGCAAGACACUACCAAUUACCAAAGCAUAGGCGCAGUGACAUGAAAAAAACACGGGAAAAACAGGCAGGAGGCGGCGGUGCAUACCUGACGGCUGGAUCGGCCGAGCGCGUCAUAUGGAAUGAAAGAAGGGAGCAGAAAUCCAGAAGCCGGCUGGCGAAGGCGAACGGAGAAGAGGAAGGAAGACGGGCCCGCAUCCAUGGACGCGACGGAGGCACACACCUACGCAGCAACCUCGACGGCAAUGGCGUCGCCGCGGCACGAGAGGCGGAGCUGUGGAAGCAGGAGAAGGAAGGGGAGCAAGAAAAGGAGACGGAUGCACUUAAGGCGCAGGUCGACGGAUGCGGCGAGGCUGGUGCGAGCGCGAGCUCCGACGCAGCGGCGCGGCGCGGCGCGUGGAGACGCGCGCCUUCCAGGUCGGGCGAUGACGGCUCCGAGGCUGAACGGGUCGAACCACUGAGACUGGGCCAGAGCAGACCUGGGCCCAUGAAUCAUGAGAGCGGUGGUCGGCAGCCCCGUGGAGAUGGUGGACGAGAUCGUCCUCGUCGGCGGCAGCGCGCGGAUCCCCAGGCUCCGGCAGAUCGUCCAGGACUACAUGGGUGGCAGGGAGCCCAACAGCCGCAAGGGAGUGGAGGCAGAGGAGGCCAUCGUCCAUGGCACUGCAAUUCUCUCCCGUCCUGA